GCUACCAUCUGUUACAGUUGUUGUUGUACUGCGAGCUGCGAAUUACAGAUUUAAUACAAGUUGAGCAACUAGACAUGGCCCAAGUUCCCUUGGCUAUUGUGUCGCACAAGCGCCAGGUGUGCAGCUUGUACAAGCGUGCGCUGCGCAAUCUGGAGGCCUGGUAUGAUCGGCGGGAUGUUUACCGUUAUCGUGCAGUGCAAAUGCGCGCUCGUUUUGAUGAGAACAAAAACAAGGAUGUGGCCGAGGGCAUGCGUUUGCUAGCCAGCGGUCAAAAGGAACUCUUUGAGACAAAGCAUUUCCAGCCGCGAAACUUUGCUAACAGUCCUGGUGGCUGUGCUUUCGAGCGUGAGGUCAUCCUGCCGGAUUGGGUGCUCGACUACUGGCAUCCUCUGGAGAAGGCACAAUAUCCAGAGUAUUUUGCCAAACGUGAGCAACGCAAGAAGGAAUAUGUUGCCUGGUGGGAGAAGCAAUACGGCAAACCAGACCCCAGCGACUUGGGACAUCACUAAACUAGCUUUUAAAUAAAGUCGUCAAAUCUUAUUUGUUUCCGAAUUAAAAAUACUAAUGGACAAACU